AUGACCGCUUUUUCAUGGCUUUUGGCAAUCCUCUCAAUUUCUUCCACAAAUACCUCAUUUCUUUCUAUCUUGCUUACAUUUUCUUGCACUUGUCACUUUUCCUCUUCGUCUAUUUUUCAGUCUUUCUCAAAACGGCCGUUCCUUGUAAACAUGGUUACCUCUACCGGUUUUAUCCCUACUCUGCACUAUGUUAACGCUCUCUGGGAGAAAUAUGGAUUUCAGCUAGAGGAUGAGGCGGUGAAUCAUUUGGAUGGACCUUCAUUUUUGGAGCCUCCUUCAGGGAAGGUUGGUGCUUUCGUUAAAACCUUCGAUGCUGGUUAUCGACUUCCCACAAAUAACUUCUAA